UAGAUGAAGAAAUGCUAUGAGAUUAAACAAGCAAAACCUUUUCACACUGCAUAGGCUGGUAAUGAUCUUUUUUUUUUUCAUACAGUAACAUUAACUCUGCGAUUGUUCAAUAGAUGAACGUAGGGACAAUUUGAUUAUAGUCUGUAUUUUGUUAGGGACCACCUGGAGAAAGAAAUCUCUGCUUAGCACCAGCCACUUAAAUGCAAAUUGUUAUGACAUCACUGAAUCACUACCAACUGCUACGCAUCGUGAAGGAUCCCUACAUUGGUUCUUUAUACUAUAACUAAUUUGGAGCAUGCCUCAGUUAUAUAUUGUUAAGGAAUAUAUCUAAACAUAUUCCUGUUAUGUAUCAUCAGAUUGUUCCGUAUAUAUAACUGCAUCUCCCUGUGUGUCACAUGUGCCGAGGAGCUGCUAGAAAGAGGAGGGUGAAAUCGAAACAAUAGCGUAUUGCAGGGCUGUUCUUUGUAAUAACACGGACGGAAACCCACGACUGCAAAACAAACAGCGGCGACAAGGAGCACCAGAAUAUGGAAGAGAUCGUGCGCUGAAUUUUGUAAUAAUCAUCCCUGGAUAUACUUCGCGUUACCUUUUUCUGAAAUUAAUAGGGGGAAAGAUGAAUUUGGCAGAAGCAGCUGAGGAAGGGCUGAAUGACUCGGACACAGACGCGUUUUUUAAAACAGGGCCUUUCAGAAAUGAUGGGAUUAAAGCAGCUGAUGUCUUACCUGUACUAAAGGAAAAAGUGGCCUUUGUAUCUGGAGGCCGUGAUAAAAGAGGUGGCUCGAUCCUGACCUUCCCAGCAAGAAGUAACCAUGACAGAAUAAAACAGGAGGAGCUUAGAAGACUGGUAACAUAUUUGGCAAGUGUGCCAAGUGAAGAUGUCUGCAAACGGGGUUUCACUGUAAUUAUUGACAUGCGAGGCUCCAAGUGGGACCUAAUCAAACCUCUCCUGAAAACUCUGCAAGAAGCUUUCCCCGCUGAGAUUCAUGUUGCACUUAUUAUCAAGCCAGACAAUUUUUGGCAGAAACAAAAAACUAACUUUGGCAGCUCAAAGUUUAUAUUUGAGACCAGUAUGGUAUCUGUUGAAGGCCUUACGAAGCUAGUUGACCCAUCUCAGCUGACAGAUGACUUUGACGGCUCCUUGGAGUACAACCACGAUGAAUGGAUUGAGCUCCGAGGGUCCUUGGAAGAGUUCAUCAGCAGUGCGGUGCAUUUGUUAUCCCGCCUGGAAGAUCUGCAGGAGAUGUUGGCCAAGAAGGAGUUUCCUGUGGACGUUGAAGGGUCAAGGAAACUUAUCGACGAGCACACGCAGCUCAAGAAAAAGGUGAUCAAGGCCCCGGUGGAGGAAUUGGACCGGGAGGGUCAGAGGUUGCUGCAGUGCAUUCGCUGUAGUGACGGCUUUUCUGGCAGGAACUGCAUACCUGGAAGUGCAGACUUUCAGAGCGUUGUGCCAAAAAUCGCCAGUCUCCUUGACAAACUGCACUCCACCAGACAGCACUUACAUCAAAUGUGGCAUGUCAGGAAACUGAAACUUGAUCAAUGCUUUCAGCUUCGACUUUUUGAACAAGAUGCAGAGAAGAUGUUUGACUGGAUCAGUCACAACAAAGAAUUGUUCCUGAAGGGUCACACAGAGAUUGGGGUCAGCUACCAGCAUGCAGUGGAUUUACAAACCCAGCACAAUCACUUUGCUAUGAACUCUAUGAAUGCGUAUGUCAACAUCAAUCGGAUCAUGUCAGUGGCAUCCAGACUGUCAGAGGCUGGCCACUACGCCUCCCAGCAAAUCCAACAGAUCUCAGCCCAACUGGAUCAGGAGUGGAAGAGCUUUGCUGCUGCCCUGGAUGAACGGAGUACCAUUCUGGCAAUGUCUGCUGUGUUCCACCAAAAGUCUGAACAGUUCCUCUCCGGUGUGGAAGCCUGGUGUAAGAUGUGCAGUGAAGGAGGCCUGCCAAAUGAAAUGCAAGAUCUGGAGCUUGCCAUCCAUCAUCAUCAGUCACUGUAUGAGCAGGUCACCCAGGCCUAUGCAGAGGUGAGCCAAGAUGGGAAAGCUUUGUUGGAUGUUCUACAGCGUCCUUUGAGUCCUGGGAAUUCUGAAUCACUAACUGCAACAGCCAAUUACUCCAAAGCAGUACACUGCGUCUUAGACGUGGUACAUGAGGUACUGCAUCAUCAGCGAAGACUGGAAAGCAUCUGGCAACACCGCAAGGUUCGCCUGCAUCAGCGCCUUCAGCUCUGCGUUUUCCAGCAAGAUGUUCAACAGGUGAUGGACUGGAUUGAAAACCAUGGGGAAGCCUUUCUCAGCAAACACACUGGAGUUGGAAAGUCACUUCACAGAGCAAGGGCACUUCAAAAGAGACAUGAUGACUUUGAGGAAGUAGCCCAGAAUACAUACACCAAUGCUGACAAACUGCUAGAAGCCGCAGAGCAGUUGGCUCAGACCGGGGAGUGUGACCCGGAGGAGAUCUACAAAGCUGCACGCCACCUGGAAGUGCGCAUUCAGGACUUUGUCCGAAGGGUUGAGCAGAGGAAACUUCUUCUGGAUAUGUCAGUUUCCUUUCACACUCACACCAAAGAGCUGUGGACAUGGAUGGAAGAUCUCCAAAAAGAGCUUAUUGAAGAAGUGUGCUCUGACUCAGUGGAUUCUGUACAGGAUUUGAUCAAGCAGUUCCAACAGCAGCAAACUGCCACACUAGAGGCAACCCUGAAUGUCAUCAAGGAAGGGGAGGACCUUAUCCAACAAUUGAGGGACUCCGCAAUGUCCAGCAAUAAGAUGCCACACAAUAGCUCCAUCAGCCACAUUGAGAGUGUGUUGCAGCAAUUAGAUGAAGCCCAGGGACAGAUGGAAGAGCUUUUCCAUGAGAGGAAAAUCAAGUUAGAUAUUUUCCUCCAGCUUCGUAUUUUCGAGCAGUACACCAUUGAGGUAACAGCAGAGCUAGACGCCUGGAAUGAAGACCUCUUGAGACAGAUCAACGACUUCAACACAGAGGACCUCACCCUGGCUGAACAGCGUUUCCAAAGGCACACUGAGAGAAAGACGGCAAUGAGCAACAUGACUUUUGAGGUUAUUCAACAAGGUCAAGACUUGCACCAGUAUAUCAUGGAGGUCCAGGCUUCAGGAAUCGAGCUGACUUGUGAUAAGGAUAUGGACCUGGCAACACAAGUGCAGGAACUGCUGGAGUUUCUUCACGAGAAACAGCACGAGCUGGAUUUGAAUGCUGAUCAGACUCAGAAGCGUCUAGAGCAGUGUUUUCAGCUGAGACACCUGCAAGCUGAGGUCAAACAGGUGUUGGGCUGGAUUCGGAAUGGGGAAUCCAUGCUCAAUGCCAGCCUUGUGAAUGCAAGCUCCCUGUCUGAGGCAGAGCAGCUUCAGAGAGAGCAUGAGCAGUUCCAGCUGGCCAUUGAGUCCCUCUUUCAUGCCACCUCACUCCAUAAAACCCACCAAAGCGCUCUCCAGGUGCAGCAGAAGGCAGAGGUGUUGCUGCAGGCUGGGCACUAUGAUCCUGACGCCAUCAGGGGCUGCGCAGAGAAGGUGGCUCUUCACUGGCAGCAGCUCCUGCUCAAGAUGGAGGACCGACUCAAACUGGUCAAUGCAUCAGUGGCUUUCUAUAAGACCUCUGAGCAGGUAUGCAGUGUACUGGAGAGUCUGGAGCAGGAGUACCGGAGGGACGAGGACUGGUGUGGGGGCCAUGAUAAAAUGGGAGCCUGCGUUGAGACCGACCAUGUCCUCCCUCUGAUUAGCAAACACCUGGAGCAGAAGGAAGCUUUCCUUAAGGCCUGUACAUUAGCACGAAGGAAUGCAGAGGUAUUCCUGAAAUACAUCCACAGAAACAACUUCAGCAUGCCUGGAGCAGCAAGUCACACCCGAGGUCCUGAGCAGCAAGUAAAAGCAAUUCUGAAUGAGCUCCUGCAGAGAGAGAACAGGGUGCUGCAUUUCUGGACAAUGAAGAAACGCAGACUCGAUCAGUGCCAGCAGUUUGUGGUAUUCGAACGGAGCGCUAAACAGGCCUUAAACUGGAUCCAGGAAAAUGGCGAGUAUUACCUCUCAACUCAUACUUCGCCUGGGGAGUCAAGUGAGAGAACACAGGAACUCCUAAAAGAAUAUGGAGAGUUUAGGAUCGCAGCCAAGAAUCUGAAUAUUCUCUUCCUUUAGCAAACUAAGGAGAAGGUGAAGCUACUCAUUCAGUUGGCUGACAGUUUUGUAGAGAAAGGACAUGUUCACGUUAUCGAACUUAAGAAAUGGGUUGCAACUGUGGACAAGCACUACCGAGACUUCUCAUUGAGAAUGGGAAAAUAUCGUUCCACCUUGGAUAAAGCUCUUGGCAUCAAUUCCGAGGAUAAUAAAGACUUGGAGCUGGAUACCAUCCCAGCCAGUCUCACUGACCCUGAAGUCAAACUGCGGGAUGCUAACCAUGAAGUUAAUGAGGAGAAGAGAAAAUCAGCACGGAAGAAAGAGUUCAUUAUGGCUGAACUCCUUCAGACAGAAAAGACAUAUGUCAGGGACUUGCAUGAAUGUUUAGAGACAUACUUUUGGGAGAUGACGAGUGGAGUAGAAGAAAUUCCACCUGGAAUUAUGAAUAAAGAACAUGUUGUCUUUGGGAAUAUUCAGGAGAUAUAUGAAUUUCAUAACAACAUCUUUAUCAAAGAAUUGGAAAAAUACGAGCAACUGCCUGAAGAUGUGGGCCAUUGCUUUGUCACAUGGGCAGACAAAUUCCAUGUGUACGUGACAUACUGCAAAAAUAAGCCUGAUUCUAGCCAGUUAAUUCUAGAACAUGCUGGGAGCUUUUUUGAUGAAAUACAGCAAAGACAUGGCCUGGCAAACUCUAUCUCCUCUUAUCUAAUUAAACCAGUUCAGAGAAUCACGAAGUAUCAGCUCUUAUUGAAGGAACUUUUAACAUGCUGUGAAGAGGGGAAAGGGGAAAUUAAAGAUGGUCUGGAGGUGAUGUUAAGUGUCCCUAAAAGAGCGAAUGAUGCCAUGCAUGUCAGUAUGCUUGAAGGGUUUGAUGAAAACUUGGAUGUUCAGGGUGAGCUUAUCCUCCAGGACUCCUUCCAGGUGUGGGAUCCUAAGUCACUCAUUCGGAAAGGACGAGACCGGCACUUAUUUCUCUUUGAGAUAUCGCUGGUGUUUAGCAAAGAAAUAAAGGACUCCUCAGGACGCACCAAAUAUGUAUACAAGAACAAAUUGCGGACUUCUGAACUGGGGCUGACCGAGCAUGUGGAAGGAGACCCCUGUAAGUUUGCUUUAUGGGCUGGAAGAACCCCAUCAUCUGACAACAAGACAGUUCUCAAGGCAUCCAAUAUUGAAGCAAAACAGGAGUGGAUAAAAAAUAUCCGUGAAGUUAUUCAAGAGCGAAUGAUUCACCUUAAGGGGGCUUUGAAGGAACCUAUUCACAUGCCCAAGACACCAGCCAAACAAAGGAACAACAGCAAAAGGGAUACCGGAGAGGAUGGUGACAGUCAGGGAGAUGGUAGUAAUCAGCCUGACACCAUCUCUAUUGCAUCGAGGACAUCUCAGAAUACAGUGGACAGUGACAAGCUUUCUGGAGGCUGUGAACUGACUGUGGUUCUUCAGGACUUCACUGCGGGGUGCAGCAGCGAACUGAGCCUCCAGGUGGGACAGACGGUGGAGUUGCUGGAGAGGCUGAGUGACAGGCCUGGCUGGUGCCUCGUGCGGACCACCGAUCGCCUCCCUCCUCAGGAAGGCCUGGUUCCGAGCAGCACUCUCUGCAUUUCCCACUCUCGCAACAGUGUUGAGAUGGAAUGCUUCUUCCCAUCCGGAAAAGAAAAUUAUUCUGUUUCCACUGAAAAUGGAGGGAAGUCAGAUUCUGUGGCAAACCUACAGCCACACACUUCAUUAAGUUCCAUACCAACAAGUUCCCCAGGCCCCAAACGUUCAGGGAACACACUGAAGAAAUGGCUGACGAGUCCCGUGCGCAGACUCAGCAGUGGCAAAGCUGACAGCACUGUCAAGAAGAUACCCAGCAAGCAUAAAAAGAGGGAGGUCAGGAAGAGCUUCGACUUGGGGUCAUCCAAACCUGGAGAAAAUGAGACCACACCUCAGGAUGACAGUGCAGACGAGUCCUCUUCUGGAAUGCAGAGUGGAGGAGAAGAGGAACCCGAUGAAGAAACCCAUCCACCACUUCCUCCACCAAUGAAAAUCAUAGAGAACGACCCUCAGGAGGAAAUGUCCUCCUCAUUGCUUACUGCUCGUCAGCGCUCUGCUGAAGUCCCCAGUGCUGCGGACCUUGUCAGUGCAAUAGAAAAAUUGGUCAAAAGUAAGCUGCCGUAUCCAUAUACAGAUCCAGAGGUGCCUCAACCCACAUCCCAGCCAAGAAAUCCAGAGAUGGAGCAGAAAGCCAAAGCUUUACGUGGAAGAAUGUUUGUACUUAAUGAGUUGAUACAAACAGAGAAAGACUAUGUCAAAGACCUGGGCAUCGUAGUUGAGGGUUUUAUGAAGACCAUUGAAGAAAAGGGCUUCCCUGAAGAUGUGAAAGGAAAAGACAAAAUUGUUUUUGGAAACAUUCAUCAAAUUUAUGACUGGCACAAAGAUUUUUUCCUGGGUGAACUGGAGAAAUGCCUUCAGGACCACGAUCGACUGGCUGAGCUGUUCAUAAAGCAUGAGAGGAGAUUGCAUAUGUAUGUGGUGUAUUGCCAAAACAAACCCAGAUCAGAGUGUGUUGUCGCUGAAUAUGAUGCCUACUUUGAGGGAGUAAAGCAAGACAUAAAACAGAGGCUGUCAAUCAGUGAUUUUCUUAUAAAACCAAUCCAGAGAAUAACAAAGUAUCAGCUACUUCUCAAGGACUUCCUACGGUUUACUGAGAAGGCUGGAAUAGACUGUCUGAAUAUAGAGAAAGCUGUUGACUUAAUGUGCCUCGUUCCUAAACGUUGCAAUGAUAUGAUGAACCUUGGACGUCUGCAAGGCUUUGAGGGCAAGCUAACUGCACAAGGUAAGCUGCUGCAGCAGGACACUUUCUACGUGGCAGAGCAGGACUCUGGAGUGCUGUCCCGCAGCAAGGAACGCAGGGUCUUUCUCUUCGAACAGAUUGUCAUCUUCAGUGAGCUCCUCAGGAAAGGCUCCUCAAUCCCAGGCUACCAGUUUAAGAAAAGUAUUAAGAUGAGUUACCUGAGUAUGGAUGAGAAUAUUGACAAUGACCCCUGCAAGUUUGCUCUGUAUUGCCGAGGUUCUUCAGAGCGGGUUACACUCCAAGCAGCCAAUCCAGACAUUAAGCAGGCCUGGGUUUAUGACAUCAGCCAAGUUCUGGACACCCAGAGGGAUUUCCUGAAUGCCUUGCAAUCUCCGAUAGAGUAUCAAAAAAAAGAAACAUGUGCCCAUUCACUAACGAAAUCCCAGCCCAGCUGUAGGAUAUCCCAGUUGAGUAACCAUCCCCAUUCCUCAACCCCAGUCGGAGCUGAAAAACCUCCAAAAUCCAGCCGGAACCCAUCACUACCACCUUUAAAGAUAUCUACCUCUAAUGGCAGCCCAGGCUAUGACCACCAUAAAUAUAAAGACAGAAAUGAACAGGGAAAGAAUGAUAUAGCUGGAUGUAAUGGGGCCUCAUCUACUAUGAUGGUGACCCAAGACUACAACGCACUGAAAGAGAAUGAGAUAUGUGUCAUUCAGGGCGAGGUGGUGCAUAUCCUCGCAAUCAACCAGCAAAAUAUGUUCCUAGUGUACCGGCCUACAAAUAAUAUUUCCCCAGCUGCUGAAGGCUGGGUUCCAGGUUAUAUCCUGGGUCCCAUGAAUAAAAUGUUGAAAGAAGCAUCAAGUAAGAAGUCUCUUUCUUGGCACACCCUGCGUAUGAGAAAAAGAGCAGAAAAGGAGAAUAGUGGCAAAAGUGAAGCAAAGGUAGAAAAUGGAUCUUGUAAACUCAAUGAAAUUCUGAGCCACGAGGCCCCUGUUAAAGAAACUAACAGUUUUGAGGAGUCAGAUUGUGAUGAACUAGACCCCAAAACUAGCAUGGAGGUAGUGAUGUAUAUCAACUCAUAAUGAAUGCAGCCCAUGAAGAAUUAUUUUCUCCCCUCCAUAAUUCCCAUGAAUCCCACUUAGACGUUCUGCAAAAAUAUCACCAGUAAAGUUUCAGCUUCAGCUUUGACACUGGAGGAACCUCAGGGUCAUGGGUUAGGUGAAAACAUCAAGACCAGUUUGGGCUUUUCAUCACCCUGUCAUUUAGGAAACUCACCCCUCCUAACCACCCCCCAACUUUAAGGCAUGGUUAACCAAGACCUAACUCCUCUCUAAACACAACUCAUUUAAAAUGGCAACCAAGCUAGCAUUGCUUCAGGUUGCAAACGUGUGAACUAGUCCAGCAGUGUGCAGGGCCUCCAUGCUGGGAACACACCCCUC